UGUUUUUUUUGGAAAGAGCAAGAUACAUGAACAUGGAUUCUCGGUUUUCCCACCUGCGCCAGCGGGACACCAGUGUGUCGAUGCUGAGGGUGAAAAUGUCCCGCAGAAAGUCUCAGUCCCAGAAGGAGAACCGAGAACGGGCUUUGAACAAACGCAGGCAGCUGGACAAGCUCCCGGAAAUGGAUAUCUCUUCCCUGGAUGCCUCCAUGGCAAUAGCCAACAUGUCAAUCAUUCAGGAGAAAACAAUCAACAAUGCAAAGCCUGCUAAAAGUCAGGCUGCAGAGGAGAGGCUGAAGCAGCUUGAGCGCUGGAAAGAGCGUAAGGCUCUUGAGAAGGAGAAGGAAUUGAGAGAAAAGGGGCGUAAAGAUGUAUUUAAGACUGGCCUGUUUCAUGCAAAGGACAGCGAUACCAUUGUCCCUCUGCCUCAGGUCCCAGGUGCAUCAACCAGAGCAAAGAAUAAAGUGAGCACAGCUCCAUCCCAUAGCACCAGAGUUACCCGGUCAAUGAAAACACAGCAGCAGAAGCCUUUGAAGACACAGAACCAAAAUACUUCAGCCAAGAAUGCUCCACCUGCUGCAGAACGAUCGACCAGGAGCCGGGUCGCCUCAGUCAAGCCUGCGCCACCACCACCUGUGACCAAGACCACAGUCUGUGCAGUGGAGCCUGUCGUACGAGCUGCGUCGACCAGAUCAGUCAACAGGCCUCCUGUUACAGCAGUUCCUGCAGUGAAAGACAAACCUAUGGACAAGUCUGCAGAUGUACGAACCACAAGGAGCAGAGCAUUUGUCAACAUUGCGGCCCCCCCUUCUGGCAGAGGAAGGAACUGUAAAGCAACUGUCAACAUUGUCCAUCCUGUUGAGCCAGAGGAGCCAGAGGUGCAGGAGACAGAAGAAAAAUCUCCUAGUCCGAUGCCCUGUUCUGAGGAGGUAGACAUGGUGGUGGACCAAGCUCCAGCUGACGCUGUCCCUGUUGAGGAUCCUUCCUCUUUGUCCUCAUUUGCUCCUCAAGGUUUUGUCUUCCAGGCUCCUGCCGGCUUGUUCAAGUUCCAGCCUCUCACUCCUCGCUCAGCAGACGCAUUUCUUAAACCAAGCCCCAGCUUCAGUUUUCCCCCGGUCCCCUUGUUCAAUGUUGAGCCUCAGGCUGAGCCAAGUGAGCCUUCUUCCCCUAAAUCUCCUCUGCGCUGUCCUCCUCGUCCAUCUCCCACUGCUAGCUCACCAACUCCAGGCAGCCCCCUGGAAUCAAAGCAUGAUGUGCCAUACUUCAGAUCUCAAAUUGUCAGUGAGACAGACAGUCUGAACUCUCUGUGUGCUCAGUGGGAGCCUAAAGUGGAAGAUGAGUCCAUCCCAGAAGAAAUGAGAGACCGCAUGCGCACAGCAGUCGGCCAGGCGAGGCUGCUGAUGAAAGAGCGUUUCAAACAGUUCAGCGGUCUGGUGGAUGACUGCGACCUAGGCCGGGGAGAGAAGAUCACCACAUGCACCGACCUGCAGGGAUUCUGGGACAUGGUUUAUUACCAGGUUGAAGAUGUCAACAAGAAGUUUGGCGCGCUCAAAGAAGCGGAGGCGCGAGACUGGGUGGAGGAGCACAAACCUCCACCAAGACAGAGGAAAGUGGUCAAGAAACCUGCACCUGCUCCCGCCAAGCCAACGGGAACCAAAGCAGCAGCAAAGUCUCGCCUGGCUGCCAUUAAAGCGGCCAUGAAAGCCAAACAGCAGGCAGCAGAGGCAGAGAAAGCUGCGCAGGCUGCUGCUGCUGCUGGCGACCCCGACCCGAGCCCCCAGGAACCACAACCCCAAGCACAGCCACUAAAGACCGACACUGUGCUCUUUGACGGAGGCUUCUUCCAGGUGGAGAGUCCAUCCAGACCAGCAGGUCCCGCGAGGAGAUCCAGCCGUCUGAGUGCCGCCGUGCUGCCUCAGGCCUCUCCCUGCUCCAGCUACCUCUCCCCUAGAAGAGUCACUCGACGAUCCCUCGCGCUGGGACAGACCCCCGUUCAGACCCACGAGUCUCCUGCUAGGCCCGUCCACACUCCCGCUCACUUGCGUCUCACCCUCGACCAAACUCCCGGACAAGCGCCAAAUUCUCAGCGCGGCACACCUCAGCCAAAAGAUGCUGUAAAUGUCUCUCAUUGCUUCUCACCUGUCAAGGAAGUGUCUUCAGACAACCCCCAGCCCGAGGGAGACCCUGCACUCUCAACGCAGGACAGCACCUCUCCAGCUCCUGAAUCAGACACACCCAUACCCGUGUGUCCGCUUCCAUCCAUUUCAGUCGUCCUGGAACAAGACGAACCAGCUGAGGCUGUUAAUGCCGACAUCCCUCUCUCCCCAAGACUCUCUCUCUCUCCAUGUAAAUCACCUCCUCCUGUCAGCGAGACUCCCGAGCGCUCAAUAGCCCUGAGCUUCACACUGUCACCCUGCCUGCCUCCCCAAUCCUCCCCCACUGUGAUGUCCUCGCCUCCUGCUGUGGUGGCUCAAGAGUCCAUGUGUCACACACCAGAAAGUGAAGUCCUUAAGGAAACUCCAGGGUUUGACUUCGAUCGUUACUUACAGUCUUCACAGAGAUGCAGCCUGUCACCGAGGGAGACCGUCGCCGUAGAGACGCUAUCACCCAUGGCAGUGGAUGUGGAAAUGGAGAGCCCCAGAGGUCAAUAUGAGGAUCUGCUAACUCGAGAAGAAGCAGCACUACCAGCAGUGUCUUCGGUGUUAACUCCUCAGUCACCACAGACCCAGACAGCAGAGUCGGACCUGUUUCUCUUCACCCCAGACCUGAAGGACCGGAUACGUCAGUCUGUCUGUCCAAAUGACCUCAUGGUCUUCACCCCUCCCUCUUAAAGUCCAGCAACGAGUUUUCUUUUAAAUGUUAUAUUGUAUUGACUACUUUUGUUACUCCCUUUGAAAAAAAGAAAAGAAAAGAAGAUAUAUCUGCGUGAUUUGAACAACUGUUUUAGAUUACUGGAAA